AUCCAUGCUUGAGUGGAAAUGUCAUUUCUGCGUGUGUCUGCCUCACAGACUUUACAAUCACUCAAAUCGCGUAAUUAACUUUUCUUAUUGUCAAUAAAUCAAUACGCCUACAACUGCCCUGAGGACUUCGUUUAAAAACCUACUGAAACACGAAGAAAGUUUCAUUGACAAUUUCAUCAGGGAUAUUUCCCUGCUUCUAGUUACCUCUAGUGGAAGAUCAAAACUCGAGAGAUGUCGUCAACAGAGCAACUGGCGAUUGUUCAAUCGAAAUUCACGUCCGGUGAAACAGUAGUUAUUGCGAUGGAAACGCCAUUAAUCCAAGGAUGGUUAAGAGCAGCCAGAAUAUUAGCCCUAGUCAACAAAGGUUCCACACAUGCCUUAGUCAUCUUGCUCACAUCGAGAACUCCGCCUCGAGUGUUCAGUGAUCUUACUAUCGAAAGAGUUCUUCCCAUCGACCAAGACUUCAAAUGCGAUAUCAAUACAGAUGAGACGCAACCAGAUGGAUCAGACGUAUUUUUGAACGUGUCUUCUCGGAAGCUUCAAUUGGUGUUUGAGAUGAAACCGGGAGUAGCAACGAGUGCCUUAGUCUCAGAGAUAUUCCGAGCUUUUGAUGACUACCAAAAGAGUAAAAAUCCACCAACGGAAUAUCUAUGGAUCCAAAAACUGACCGGUAGUUCAAGGAACUUGGAGUCUUCUGCCAAUGAUGCUCAGGAUGGAUCUGAUCCUCUGGUCGAACUGGAAAGCCCUGACCUUGUCGUUCCACGACAGAACAUUGCCAAGGGUAAAGCGCCAGUGGCGGCAAGGGAAUCUGUUGUUCGCUAUCAGAUGGCUUGUAAAGAGGAAGACUACACCUACACUCAAGUCUUCAGAAUGUUUAUAGGUACAUGGAAUGUUAACGGCCAACCACCAAACGGUAUAUCCUUGGAACAGUGGCUCAGCUGCGAUCAAAAGCCACCGGAUUUGUAUGCCAUUGGAUUUCAAGAAUUAGAUUUGAGCAAAGAAGCAUUUCUUUUCAAUGAUACCCCACGAGAAGAGGAAUGGUGCCAAGUUGUCACCAAAUAUCUUCACCCGUUGGGAAAUUACCGCCGGAUAGCUGUAGUCAGAUUAGUGGGCAUGAUGCUAAUCGUCUUUGCUGAAGAGAAACAUGUUCCAUUCAUUAAAAGUGUGUCUACCGAUACCGUCGGUACUGGAAUCAUGGGUAAAAUGGGAAACAAAGGCGGAGUGGCUCUGAGUUGUUCGAUUCACAACACAUCCGUGUGUUUUGUGAAUGCCCACUUGGCUGCGCAUUGCGAAGAAUACGAAAGGCGUAAUCAAGAUUAUGCAGACAUCUGUGCAAGGCUUAGUUUUGCAAGAUACGUUCCACCGAAAGCUCUCAAGGAUCACGAUCAAAUAUACUGGCUCGGCGAUCUAAAUUAUCGGAUAACUGAAAUGGAGGCAACUGUUGCAAAGCAUCAUAUAUCAAUUAACAAUUUUGAGCCUGUUCUUGCCUUUGACCAAUUGGUGCAGCAGCGCCAGCUCGGCAAAGUGCUUCAAGGCUAUCACGAAGCUGAGAUUAAAUUUAAACCCACAUACAAGUACGAUCCAGGCACGGAUAACUGGGACUCAAGUGAAAAGGGUAGAGCUCCAGCCUGGUGCGAUCGAAUCCUUUGGAAAGGAGAAGCGAUCUUGCCAGUAGAAUAUAGGAGUCACCCUGAAUUGAAGAUUUCGGACCACAAACCAGUCAGCACGAUUUUUGAUUCUCAAAUCAGGGUAAUAGACAUGGUUAAGUAUCGGAAAAUCCUUGAAGAGGUAAUGAAGAAAUUGGACAAAUUGGAAAAUGAAUUUUUACCCCAAGUCAUGGUUGAUACAACUGAGAUUAUCUUUGACACGCUCAAAUUCUUCGAAUCGAGUAAAAAGGAGCUAAUUAUUGCGAAUACUGGCCAGGUUCCUGUUCAAUUCGAGUUCAUAAAGAAGCUUGAUGAUAUAAACUAUUGCAAAGAGUGGUUAAAGAUAGAGCCCUACACAGGCUUCAUCAAGCCAGGUGAAAAAUGCGACAUUCAGCUUGAAGUGCACGUUGACAAGAAAUCUGCGUGCAAAUUAAACUCUGGCGAAGACAAACUGUAUGAUAUUCUCGUUCUACAUCUCGAAGGGGGCAAAGAUAUAUUCAUCACAGUUACAGGCACUUAUCAAAGAAGUUGCUUUGGAUCAUCGAUGGAAGCUCUAGUUCAUAUUGAUGUUCCAGUAAGAGAAAUUCCCGUCGGAAGAUUAGUAGAGUUGGAAAACCAUAAAAACCUAACGACAGAACCAUAUUCCAUACCAAAAGAGAUCUGGCUUCUAGUCGACAACCUUUACAGGCAUGGAAUAAAAACUAAACAACUGUUUGAAAGUCGUGGAUACCACUCCGAGAUCAUCGCUAUAAGGGAUUGGUUAGAUGAGGGGAGUCAGGAGUCAAUGCCUGGCUCUGUACAUUCCGUAGCUGAAGCAUUUUUGCUACUCUUGGAGUCAACAGCCGAGCCUUUAGUUCCAUAUAAUUUGCACAACGUUUGCUUGACCGCGGCUACAAACUACUCACAAUGCAAACAGAUUGUGAUGCAGUUGCCAGAAAUUAGAAGAACAGUCUUUAUUUACAUUUGUUGUUUCUUGCAAGAAAUUUUAAAUCACACGCAGGAUAAUUUUCAAGAUGCCAAAACACUCGCUAGCUUGUUUGGCUCUAUUUUCUUACGUGAUCCACCAAGAAGUCGAGAUGACCGAAGUCAACGGAGUAGAGCAAGUCAAGUGACAUUUGAUCGCCGAAAAGCAGCAUUUGUCUACCACUUUAUGGUCAAUGAUCAAAGUGAUUUCAUUCUAGGGCGAUAAAUCUACGUAAUAAUCUACCCAGAUAGAAAAUAGACUUGCCAAAUUGGCUGUAUCCACGAAUAGCUUAUUGAGUUGACCCUCGGCCACUUGAAAUACGAGAAAAACUAGUUUUUAGUGUACGUCAGCAAGGUAGAAAGAUCUCUUUAUAAUUAAAUAAUUCAAGCAGUUACAAUACAACUUUCCUUCUAGCAUAAGCAAUUACAUAAUGAUAGCUACCUUGUUUUGAUGCAGGUCAG